UGUUUACGCUGUGGACAGUUGAGAGUGAACGUUUUGGCGCGGAAGUGUGAGUGUGAUUGAAUUGUGCUGGAACCGGUUGGCGGAAUUCGGAGCAGGACACGACGGAAGCGGACAUGAGCUUCUGCUUCAUACGGUACGCCACCGGUCACUUCGGAAUACCCCAGGCUGGACGGUUCCGGAUGGAGGCUUCGACGCGCGACAGCAGUGUAACACGAUGGUCAUGUUUCCGGCCUCAAUCAGGACAGUCUUGGAGGAGUUGGCCAUUGAUUCGGGAAGGGUGGUCGACGUUUCCCGGCUGGAAAGUAAAGUGCCUGAACGGGGAGUUCCCGAUCCUGGAAGCGCAUCCGGAACAUGGAGUUGAUGAGGCCCUCGGAACGGAGUUCGAUUUUGAGCACGUAAUCCUACUUCGAGAAUGA